AUGGCGACCGCCGAAGCUGAGAUCAACACGUUCUUUGCUGCUCCGGACAGCACACUGCCACAAGAUGUAAUGACCGAACUGCUGCACAUCAUGCAGCUAAUGUCCUUGACGCCAGAAGACCUGUUCUACAAGUGGGAUAGCUAUGUCAUUACCAUGGGCGCCGACACCACAAAGCUCGACUUCAAGACCGUACGAGACUUCAAAAAGACAUUGCAGGAUGCGUUGGAGCAAGAUUCACGCAAAAAGCUCAACACCAAGAACGAGUCGAAGAGGACAGCAGCCACACCACGAGCAGGUGGAGGGGGCGGAGAUGUAUUCGGCAUGCUCGAUGGCAUCGUUUCGAAUACACCCGCUUCGAGAUCAUCUGCUGCCAAGAGGAGAAGCGAUUUUGCUACGCCGGCAUCAAAAGCCGUCAGAAGUGGUCUGCACAGCUCGCCCGCGGACAACAAGACACCCGUGGCCAAGGCUGGCCCAUCGGUUGCCUUCGAAGAUCGCACGAAUGCCGGUGAGGUUGUGGAAGCUCUCAAUACACAUCUUCCAGCAGCUUCAGUCCCUGAGAUGCCUUCUACGGAACCUCGGGUGAAGCUGAAGGCGGCCGUGGACUUGCCCAAAUUCUCCUACAAGCCUAUGGCCAUGAAGCUAUCAGAAGCUUCUGAGAUCUUAGACGACAGGAUUGACAGCUUUGUGGAUCUUCUCCAAAAAGACAAGAAUCUCGAGGACAGCGCGUUUGGCAACCCAGCCGCUCAAUCAGCAAAUGAGAUUAUUGCCGUAGGCCGAAUAGCGUGUGAUCAGCCGAUCGGGAAACUCAAUGCUCAGAGCUUAGCACUUGAGACGAGCAGGCGUAUGGGAGCAGGCAUGCGAGUGCCUUUGAGAAUGGCAGAUGGUGCGAGCUACGACUUCUUCCCCGGCAAGAUCGUGGCUCUCAAAGGCACGAAUGUUAGCGGAGAGUACUUCGCUGCCACAGAAGUGAUACCCAUGCCCAUACUGCCCUCUGCUGCAUCGCGCGUUGAAGACAUCGAAGUCCACAACGAUCGACUUGUAGGCACAGAUGGCGAGAGCCGACCACUGAGCAUGCUUGUGGCGAGCGGACCGUAUACAACUGAGAACGAUCUUUCUUUCGCGCCGCUAUACACCCUGCUUGAGAAAGCGGAACGUGAGAGGACAGAUGUGGUGGUCCUUAUUGGGCCAUUCCUGGACCUCGAGCACCCAGUGAUUGCAUCGGGCGACUUUGAGGACCACCUGCCUUCAGGUGCCAAGAUUGAACCUGAUCAGGCGACCUUGACUGACGUUUUCCGUGUCCUCAUCAGUGGAGCCAUCCAGAAGCUGGCACAGGCCGUCCCUACAAUUACAAUAAUCAUGGUUCCUUCAAUGCGAGACGCCAUCUCAAAACACGUCGCCUGGCCUCAAGAUCGUGUGCCGAAACCACCUCUCGGUCUACCUCGACAGGUCCAAUUCGUUGCAAAUCCAAUGGCGCUCUCCAUAAACGAAAUGGUCGUUGGUAUGAGUAGUCAAGAUGUCUUGUCGGAAAUUCGCAGCGGCAAUGUCUAUCACAAGGUAGAUGGCGACAUGAUGGGGCGAUUAGCAGGACAUGUUAUUGAGCAGAGUCACUACUUUCCUGUAUUCCCGCCACAAGCUAGAGAAGACUUGCCCAAACCGACCGGGAUUGAAGGAGAAAUACCCGAACCGGGAGGCGAAGAGCGAUACGCCAUGGGAGCUAAUAUUGACCUUGCUUACUACAAGUUGGGCGAGUUCUGGUUAGCACGACCUGAUGUGCUUAUACUGCCGUCCACUUUGAUGCCUUUCGCGAGAUUCAUCGAAGGCGUGCUUUGCAUCAAUCCAGGAUCGCUGAGCAAAAGACGCGGACCUGGCACCUUUGCUGCUUUGAGCGUUUUCCCUCGCACACUCACGGAUGAGGAUCGCUCUUCAGAAGAAUUUGCAGCACAUAGUUUACAUGAGCGGGCACGUGUUGAGAUUACUCGGAUAUAG